AAACUGACACAGAGUUCUACAUAUUAUAUAAAUCUAUCUAUAACCAGUUUCGCAUUCCUUUUUUGCUACACAGCCGGGGAAUCCCCACUGUUUACAUCCGGUUAGUGGAGUGUGAAGGGGUGAGGCAGGGCUUUAGCAAGAUUAUAAUGCCUGUGGUUUGAAUGGCUAAGGAUGGACUGGUCAACAACACCCUUGCCCCCACCCUCCCUCUCUCUACCACGAUCAGCCCAAAUGACCGCUCGUCUGUCGGUUCUUCUGGCCAGUCCGUCUGGUUACCGCUAGGGCUGACCUUUGCUGUGGUACUGAUCAUUAUCGUCAUGGUCGUCCUUGCCAAGACCAAGAAGAGAGCUGCGGCCAUGCAAGCCAGCCAGAAUGCUGAGCCACAUAUUACUAGUGUCAGUGGAACCAUGGGAUCUAAUGUGAAUGUGUACAGAAACUAUGGUAUCCACACAAGUCGUCAGACCUUGACCUCUUCUCUAAGUGGAGAUCAGUUGACCUGUUCUACUGCCACCCUGCCCCCAACACAACCCCCCACACAACCCCCCACACAGCCCCCUAGCUAUGAUGAAGUCAUGAGGGCAGAGCAAGGUGGCAGUCAGCUAGGAGAUCAGCAGGGUUUUGCAGAUGUCCAGCAAGUGUUGGCCAGAAUCGAUAGUCAGUCUUCCCGCAACUCGUCCUCUCCCAUUGGCUCAGCUGCUGCAUCCCCAGCUCCGUCUUACACAUCUUAUGCUCUGCAGUCUUGAGAGGAAAAUGUCAGUGUGUGUGCAGGAGCGGAUUCAGACGAUCUUCUGGGUCUUCUGGAAGACUGUCAGAUUUUCGAGUUUACUUUGAUGGGUAUCUUACUUUUACUGUUGGAAGAUGGGUCAAAAAUAGAUGAUGGAUCAACAAAGUUAAUUUGGAAGACUGUCAGAAAAUAUAUCUCUAGAUCUGCCCCUCGUGCAUGUGUUUGUGUGUCCUGUAAACCCUUUGUAUGUCUGCUAAACCAGAUGAUGAGAAAGAAAGAACCAGUAGUUAAAAUUAGUAAUCUCCAUGUAAUGUCACUGAAGUUUAUGUGGAUAUUGAUCAUGAUUUCAUUGAAGUAAAGCCUUUAGCAAUAGUCAAAUUAUCAAAAAAAAAUUUAAACCAAAUUUAUAUUUUUUUUAUGUGUCGUAAAUGUCUUGUCCUUUUUAUGUUUUCUCAUACAUUGUAUGCAAUAGCAGUAUUAUACAAUAAUUACUCAAAAAGCUAUGUCAUUAAGUGUCAAUAAGAGCAGCUUUUAGAUGGAUCUUAAGAUGAAACAAUCUUGGGUCCAUCAAUCAUCAUCAAACAACUGUGCAGAUUCAUUGAGUAUUUAACUGUGGCAUUGUCACUGGUCACCAGUUGUUCCCACCCGACCCACCAACAUGGUCUGGUGACAAUUUUUUUUUACCCGAAAGGGUUUUUGUUUAAAGGGAUAACAACUGUUCAUUUUGGCCAAAAAAUGAAUUUUCAAGGGGUAAACAACAAUUAUCCCAUACUAGAUAAUGGUUGUUUAUUCAUUUCUACAUUUAAGGUUAGUCCCAGGUUUUUGUCUUUUUUUUUUUUUUAAUAAUCUCUUCAGAGUAUUGCUAUCUACCAGUAUGGCCGGUAGAUGGAGGUCAAAUGAUCAGUUAUAUGAAGAGUUGUUAUCCCUUUAAAAUCUAGUGGUGUUUCUUUUUGAACUAUUUGCUAUUAACGUUUUUUUCUUUAGUUUUUGCAUUUAUAGCUAGUGGUGAAAGAAAAAGAUCCAAGUGCAAUAUGAUGAAAAGGAUUGGGAAAAUUUUUUAGGUACUGAAAAAAGGACUCUGAUUGGAUUUUUGAUUCUUUUCCUCUUCAUAUCCAGAUAUUUAUUCAGUAUGUGAUAUAUACCUUUUUUAUUAUGUCUUAUGUCAUAAGUGAAGCCCUUUACCAUCUUUUGCCAUCAUGGUCCCCUCAAUUAUUAAAAAAAAUGUUUUUGUUUUACAUAUGGUAUAUUUAUGGCAUGGUAUUCUUGCCAACCUCAAAAGUCGUUUUAUGUUGAUACUGCUUUGUACUACUUAAAGUAACUAAAAGUUUAUAUGCUAUUUACCUACAUAUAUAACUGUAUAUUUAGAUAUGCACAUUCGUACAGCUGAUAAGAUUCAUGAUAGACAGAGGACCAUUUUGUAAUGUAAUGCAACAAAAAAAGGAGUUUUUGAGAACUGUAAACGUUUUCUGCUGCUUUUCUAGAAUAAUGAUCUAUAUUUGUUAUAUAUAUUUUGUAGCAUAGGGUGCAAGUCCAGUGUCUUCUUUAUAACAUUCCCAGUUUGUUAGAAUUAUGUUAUAGUUUAUUAAGAUGCUAAUAUUGAAUUUUUCUACUACAUUCCUUUGCAAAGUUUUAUAUAUCUCUUUGAUUUUUCCAGUUGAACAAACUGGCUUUUGUCGAUUUGUAAAAUAUAGCAUGUUUAAUUUUUUUUUAUCAUGUAGAGAAAGAUGUUUUCUGUCUAUUUAUUAUCUAGUGACUGGAUAACUGUAGACAGUGAAUUAUUACAGGUACCAAAAUAAUUUAUUAAAAGAUAUAAUGAUAUUUGCAGUAAAUGUGUUAUAUUUUGUUUCUGAUGUUUAUAAGAAUAACUAGAAAAUUUGCCUUUUGAAAGUCCCAUUUAUUAUGCCAAACAUUGAACAAUUUUAACUUAAAAGUAUUACAAUAGUAUGUGCAAAUAAAAAGUGUAGUUAAAAAACCAUUUACAGAGGGAAAAUAGCCAUGUAUUCUAAAAUAUAAUCAUGAAGCACAUGUCAGUAAAAUCCUUUGUGCAUUUUUUUUAAAUCUAUCACAGAAUAGUACACCUAGCAUUGUGUUGGGUAAGGCAAUAUAUAUUUUAUUGGAACCUGAUGUUUUUUUCUAUUUGAUUUCUCUCCUGGAUUCUGGCUACAAUUGCAAUAUUGUAUAAUUAUCCCUUUGAUGAAGUAAUGGCGCUCCCGUCCCCGUAAUAUCAAAAGAGAUUAUGCAAUUUUUUUACCAUUUGAAGUCAUUUCAGUAUGUACAAUGGAUAUUCAAUAAAAGUAAA